UGGGGCAGACAGCGCCGAGCUUGCGUCAAAUACGGACGCCAGUUGGACGCAGCUCGGGAUUGGAGGCAGCCACGUUUCCUAGCCAUCCGCCGUGUGUGUCGCAGCGACUGUGUCUGUGUGUGCCGUCCCGUGCCGUGCCGUGCUGUGCUGUUCCGAGCCGCAUGUGUGGCGUUCCGCGGACGCGAUGUAAAGCGGAUCCUCGCCUGCGUUCAACCUUUCAUUGUCAGUAGCCGGAUUCGGGUUCAGCUGGUCCAGUUCCAGUAGCCUGUUCUCCGUCUUCGCCACCGUUGCUGCUCGAAACUUCUUUGUCAACCGGCGGCGCUUGUGUUUUCAACGCUUUCACCAUUAACGAAGCGCUGCUAUGAGGCAGGAGGUGUGUGUGAGCAUGUGCAUCACCAUCUCGCUGUCGAUCGCGAUCUCCCACGCUCUCCGCCGCGCGCUCUCCGUGUGAGAUCUCCCGCCCAGGGUGGCGCAGUUGGAAAAUGAGCACGUGCGAGGCGGCGGCCGCUGGCGAGAAUGGGAGCCAGGCCAAGUCCGAGGAGAGCCAGCCGCCGGAGGAUCAGAAGAAGAAGCAGCAACCGCCGCAGCAGCAGCAGCAGCAGCAGCAGGCGCAGCAGGAGAGGAACGAGAAGCAGCUGGAUAAGCCGCCGGAAAAGUUGCCGCAAAAUGGGAGAACCGAAGCAAAAGGCGCGGAAGGAGCGAGUCCACACCCCCCACUGGACGCCAUCCGGAGCUCAGUGCUCCUGGAAGCCGGUGCUGCUGCGCCCUCGAUAGACGCAUUAGUAGCCUGCAAGGAUGCGCUGCUCGCCCAAAAACUCUUUGCCAGCGGGGGAGGCUCCACGCCCGGUCCCAGUCCCACAUCGUGUGCGGUGGGAGCGGGCGGGAUCAGUGGCAAGGACCUGCUCAAACUCAAGGAGCCGAUGCGCGUGGGCUUCUAUGACAUCGAACGCACCAUUGGCAAGGGAAACUUUGCAGUGGUCAAGCUGGCCCGGCAUCGGAUCACCAAGAACGAGGUGGCUAUCAAGAUCAUUGACAAGUCGCAGCUGGACCAGACAAACCUACAGAAGGUCUACCGCGAGGUGGAGAUCAUGAAGCGCCUGAAACACCCACACAUCAUUAAGCUCUAUCAGGUUAUGGAGACCAAGAAUAUGAUCUACAUAGUGUCGGAGUAUGCCAGUCAAGGAGAGAUCUUUGAUUACAUUGCGAAGUACGGGCGAAUGUCCGAGUCGGCGGCGCGCUUUAAGUUCUGGCAGAUUAUAUCGGCGGUGGAGUACUGUCACAAGAAGGGCAUAGUGCAUCGGGAUCUGAAGGCGGAGAACCUGCUCCUGGAUCUGAACAUGAACAUCAAGAUAGCGGAUUUUGGGUUCUCAAAUCACUUCAAGCCAGGAGAAUUACUAGCCACCUGGUGCGGGUCACCGCCGUACGCCGCACCCGAGGUUUUCGAGGGCAAGCAAUAUACGGGUCCAGAGAUUGAUAUUUGGUCACUGGGCGUUGUGCUUUAUGUGCUGGUAUGUGGGGCACUGCCAUUCGACGGAUCCACGCUGCAGAGCCUCCGGGAUCGGGUGCUUUCCGGUCGCUUUCGCAUUCCCUUUUUUAUGAGCUCCGAGUGCGAGCACCUCAUCCGCCGGAUGCUGGUACUUGAGCCCACAAGGCGCUACACCAUCGACCAAAUCAAACGCCAUCGCUGGAUGUGUCCCGAGCUGCUGGAGCACGUCCUGAUAGCCAAGUACAAUCUGGGCGCCGAGCGGCAGACGUGUGUGGAGCCCAGUGAGGACAUUCUGCGCAUCAUGGCCGAGUACGUGGGCAUUGGGCCGGACAAGACGCGAGCCAGUCUGAAGAAGAAUACGUACGAUCAUGUGGCGGCCAUAUAUCUGCUCCUGCAGGAUCGAGUUAGCCACAAGAAGGAGCAGAGCAACGGCUCAGGCGCCAGCUCCCUUUCCUCGUCGACCGCCGCCAGUCGGAUGCUGUACAGCUCCAGAAACGACCACCUGCCGACGCAACAGCAGCAACAGCAGCAGCAGCAGCAGCAGCAGUCGCAGUCCAAGACAAUAUCCACCAGCUCGAUCCUGGCCAAGGAUCAGUGCCACAAAAGACUUAGCCGCCAUCAGACGGUGCUCAUGAGUGAGCGUACCGCCCACGCCGGUGCGACACCCACAGUCCCAGAUCCCGGUCCUGGACCCGGAUACUACACCAAGUAUGGGCCACUGCAACUGCCAUUGCCUCUGUCCGGCCACGCCCACCUGACUGGGUAUCUGAAUGGAGGUGGCGUCGAGGUGGAUGCCAACGGCAUUCCCCUGCCCAUGCGUUACACUCCGCUGCCGACAGCCGCGUCGCCCGCUCCCUCUAACUGCUCAUCCACAUCCUCGAGGGUAGGACGACACAGCCUGAGUUCCAGCUCCCCGCGGAGCCAUCGACCGGUGGCCAUUUCGCUCAGCAUCGACAACAAUCCCUCGCUGGCCAACUUGCGGUGCCGGGAGAUGAUGGAGACUGGAGGCGGACCCGUUGGCGCAGUGGGCGUGCCUCUAGCGUCCAAGCAGCUCCAUCAGACCAUCAGCGAGUUCAUCAUCAAACAGAGCACCGAAGACUGCCGGGCGCUGCUGCAGCAGUCCACAACCGUGGCUGAGGGUAAAGAUGAUCCGCCAAAGGCGGAAUCCAGCGCUGGAGGCAUUCCUCCGCCCGCCUCUACCACACCCACAUCCAGUACAGCGGUACCAGGACCGGGAUCGGCCUCCUGCCCCGGUGAGAUCAACGGCAAGACAAUAAAGGCCAUGUCCAGUUCGAGCAGCUUCGACUCCAAGGCCAAUUUGGGCCAAAGCUUUCGCUACAAGAUGUCCGCCGAGGCUAGCAAGCUUUUCCAGACUCUCCAGGAAAGCCCAUUGCCCGUGGAGCAAAGAAAUAAACGUCGUGUGCACGUGGGCAGCACCAAUGGCAGCGGUGGUGACUCCGGCCAGGAAACGAAAGAUGAUGUGAAAUCGAAUGGUGACAGCCGCUCGGAGAAGAAAGUUCUGGCCCAGGGCAGCUCCAGCACAGAUGAGGGCUGCGAGACAGACCAGGGCAAUGAUCCGGGCUGCGCGUCCCAGGAGUCGAAGGGCAGCAAUGGCGGUGGUAGCGGUGGUAGCGGCAACGCUAACAACGGACCCACCUCACACUCCAGCAGCGAUCUGACGCGCCUCGUUGGAACCACUGCCUCUGGACAGAGCCACAGAAUGCGCUCGUAUGCCAGCAGCAGCUCGUCCAGUGGUGUUCUCGCCGGCAGCGCUGGUAGCUACUCCAAAAGUCUGAGCCAGAACCUGAGUCGCGGCUCAUCCAAGAGCAAUUGCAGUGGUCCCUACGACAGCUUGGACUUUGCCUUGCCCUCCGGCAAGGGCAGUCUACCCUCGUGCAUGGGCUCUAGUUCGAUGCUGGCCACGCCCACUCCGGCCUCGGCAUCCCCAGCGGGCAUCUCAUCGGAGCAUUCAUCGGAGAGGUCGCUGUACGGGAGCCACAACUCCUGCAUCCAUAUGCCAGGAGCUCUGGCCCUGGGCUUGGGCCUUCCGCAAAGUUCAGCCUCCACGCCCACGCCGAAUCCUACACCGCCACCAAAUGGCGGUGGCGUUACGUUCCUGGACAAGCGAUCACCCAUACACUUUCGCGAGGGAAGACGGGCGAGCGAUGGCCUGGUGGCCCAGGGCCUGCUGAGCUCCGGUUCGUUGCUGGGCACCAGUCGUGUGUACGGAAGCUAUCGCUACGAGCAGGCCAAGCGUCACGGUUGGCUGGAGAUCCAGCAGCUGCAGCAGGAGGCGGCUGUGGGGCAUUCACACCCGCAUCCACACGCCCAUCAACAUCCUCAUCAGCAUCAGCAUCCGCAUCAGCAUCCGCAUCCUCAUCCACAUCCCCAAGCGUACGGCUUGGAAGAACUCUGUCAAUUUCCGAAUGGUCAAUUCUACGCUCUGCCGGGCAAGCAUCAUCCGCUGCUGACUUUGCCCCACCAUCAUGGGCAUCCUGCGCAGCAUCACCAUGGCCACCACUCGCUGUUCCAUCCAGGCCACCAAGCCGCACCCAUGCUUCUGGAAGCCGCUGCUGGUGGGGAUAUGUAUGGUCAUGGAUGCUAUGCUCCGCCACCGCCGCCACCAGGGCUAUACCCGCACCAUCAGUUGGGUGUGGGCAUGGCCGUGCCCAUGUCGCCGAUGCAAAAGCCACCGCUGCAGCAGCAACUCCUGCAGCACCGCCUGCUGCAGCAGAAGCGUCAGUUAUUCCAGAAGCAGUACGCCCUGGAGGCGCAGCUAGCCGGUCGGCAUCACCACCAUCCGCAGCACAGCCAUCACCAGCAGCAGCCACACCAUCACCACUUUGGCCACAGCCUGGGACAACCACCGCCACCGCCGCCGGCUCCAGCUCCGGAACAUCACCUGGCCGACGAGCUGUACGAGUUGGCUCUGCUCGAUCGGCCCAGGAGCGGAACUCCUAGGCUUCAGCACUCCAUGACCAUGCCCGGAGCGCAUGCCUUCAGCCAGAUGAACCUUAAGACCUCCUACAUCAGCCAAUCGGACCAGGUGCCUGGUGCAGCGCCCAACGGGGCUGGUCCCGGAGCAUCUGCUGUUGGGGCAUCAUGCUCAGCUCCACCGUCCACGGCGCCGGGCACGCCCACGGUCAAGUGCAAGCCAACCACGCCCCACGGCCACAGCCUGGACUCCGACUAUCAUACAUCGACGCCGGUGCUCAGCCUUUUUACGCCCAAUUGGCAGUCGCUGGUAAAGCCGCUUAGCGAGAGCCCCAUCCUGGAGAUAUCGGAGCACAUGGAGUCAGUCUGAGGCAGGUUAUCCGGCGGAGGGUUUGGAGGAG